UUGGUGACACGAAAGCUGCUUUUGGAAAGAAUUGCUGAAAAUCUGCUUCAAAUCUAGUGUUUUUACUGUAUUGUCUACCACAAAUCACUUUGGUUUUCGUUUCCUGUACACAAGAGGAAUUAUUGGAAAUCAUUCUUCCUCUGUUAGUUUCAAAAAGAUGUUUCAACGUUGGAUUUACUAUUAAUUUCUUGAGAACUCUGCAUAUGUUUUCCACCUUACCCAUCUGGAGUGAGAGCGUCAAAUAAGGAAAGAGUUGGCAGAUGUGGGUAUUUCAAGACAUCACCUUAUAACUAAGCUGACUGCAGAACGACAUACUAAAAAUUCGGACUGCAAAUUGAAGUUAAGCUUGAUUUUUGGACAAAAGAAAUGGCUUCUGAAGUGGAAGAUAUGGAAGUCGCAAUUACAAACCAAGAAAGAGAGAUAUCGAGCAGUUUCAAUGAAAAGGGACCAGUUGAACCUCCACAGCCUUUAUGGCGAAGCAGUGAACUAGAAGAUUUAAGGUCAUGUGAAGUUAUGUUACCCAAUGACGAUGACCUACCAACUGAGAAACGAACAAGUAGAGAAUGGGUCCUAGAGUGGCACAAUAAAACAGAAGAAUCAGAACUACCCUAUGAAUUCAGACAAAGAAGUUCUUCUCAUGGUUCAGGAGGAUCACCGUCUUGUGGCAUACCAAGGAGUAGCUCUGCCCCAACUAAYUCUGAGUUUGAUACUUCUGAAAUGGAGAAUAUGGAUGAUGAACUUUUAACAGAAGGACUUUUGACAAUUGCCAGGCAGACAAUGGGGGAAACAACCUCAGCYGAUGGGAACCUUGUUGGAAAGAGAAAUAAAGUUUUUGAUGCUGAUCAACCAAAUGAUUUUGAUAUUGAUAUUGACAUUGAUGAGCCAAUCAUAGGAGAAAAAUGGGUGUAUUCUAACUUCUUGAAAUCUAAAGAAAUUCAUGAGUUAAUGCCGAAAAGUUCCAAAAUAGUUGUAUUUGAYACAAGACUAAAUGUUAAAAAAGCAUUCUUUGCUCUAGUUGCUAAUGGUGUUCGRUCAGCUCCUGUGUUUGAUAGCAGUAAACAGGAUUUUGUAGGGAUGUUAACAAUAACAGAUUUUAUCAGUAUUUUACGGCGGUACUAUAAAUCACCAAUGGAAACUGGUGCAUUUGGCAAGGUGCAAAUGGAUGAAUUAGAAGAACACCAAAUUGAAACUUGGAGAGAGAUUCAGUCAUUGGAUACUUACCAACCAAAACUUGUGCGAAUCACUCCAACACAGAGUCUUUAUGAUGCCGUCAAGAUGCUGUUGGAAUACAAAAUUCAUCGUCUGCCAGUAAUYGACAGCGUUACCGACAAUGCUUUAUGUAUUGUGACACAUAAAAAAAUACUAAAGUAUCUUUUUUCACAUGUACGUCAAUUAAGAAUGCCAGAGUUUAUGCAUUAUUCAUUAAAAGAUGUGGGCUUAGGAACGUAUGCGAAUGUGGCAACAAUAACCCCAAAUACACCACUAAUCACUGCAUUGCAUAUGUUUGCUCAAAGAAGAGUGUCAGCUCUKCCUGUUGUCAAUGAGCAAGGAGUUGUGGUUGACAUCUAUGCAAAAUUCGACGUUAUUAAUCUUGCUGCCGAGAAGACGUACAACAACCUUGAUGUUACGGUCCAACAGGCUCUCCUUCAUAGAGCGGAGGGAUUUGAAGGAGUUCACAGAUGUUACUUAGAUGAAACCAUGUUAACAAUAAUAGAAAGACUCGUCGAAGUAAAGGUACAUCGUUUGGUCGUUGUUGACAACGACGACCACUGCAUUGGAGUYUUAUCGUUGUCAGACAUUUUAAGAUUUCUGAUACUUAAACCAACAGGGCCAGUGUCUCCCAAARCGACAUGAGAAUAAMAGAAAUUCGGUUGAAAUUUGAUCUAUGACUAAAUGGAUGGUGACGGAAAAARUACAAUAGGGAUAUUCGAUGAUUAGUUCCUCUAUAAAACUGUGCGCGAUGGUCCCGUGUAGAGAGGACAGUUAUAAUAUUCUAAACCGGUGUUUUGUAAAUGAUAUAUCGAGGUUAUAAAGAUAGUAAAUUAAUGUUAAAAAAAGUUGUGUUAUAGUGUUUGUGCAGUUUGCUUUGUUUAUUGAUUGGUUGGUUAGUUACAGGUUUAGCAAUUUGCUUGAUGUCCUGCGUUUCACAAUAUUUCAGUAAAAUAAUGUAAUUCCUGUAAUUUUCAAUGAUAUUUGCGAGGUUCUACUGUUUUGGUAUUCCAUUUCGUGCACCUGCGUACAUUAUUACGACCUUUAUAUCGAAGAGUAAACGUUUUGUAGCCAUUUUUGAUUACUUAAAUGUUAUAAAGCAUUAAGGAAUCAUUAAAAUGUGCUACUUAUUGCAAAACAACAACGAUAAAUGAGAACUGUGAUCUAUUUUAUUGGUUUUUCAAUAGUCUAGUAACGCCAUGACCCAUUAUAUAAAUUACCAUUGUUUGUC